GCAUGCUGAGCUCGAUGGGAAGAGAUAGAUGCUGAUCUAGAGUCAGAGAGAGCACGCGGAACGCGGACGAUGUCCUUAUACAUACGUAAUAUGGUGAUUUGGAUGAAUGGCGACGUGGACGUGGACCAGAGUAUGAUGAUGAUCUGCAUGAAUGCUGACUUCAACGUGAACCAGAGUAUGCUAAUCUGGAGGCCGAGAGUAAAGGAUUCUGAUAGCUUCGGCUCCAGCGGGGUUGCGCCAGCCCUGGAAAUGACGAGGACACGAAUAGGGGCACAACUUUUCGGGUUAGAGAUGGGGUUGGUGGGGGAGAUACAUCAUAGAGAUAUGCCUUUUGACAUGGACGAUGACGUCUGGCUCAGUGAAGAUGAUGGGCAAGAUGAGGUGGAUGUGGUCAACUACUUCGCAAUUCUUAGCACAGUCUACGUGGAAGGGGGGAGCGGGGAGGAUGAGCAGGUUGCAGAAGACGUCGACGACUUUGACAUUGAUGAUGACGGUGAUAUGACUUUUGACACGGAUGAUGACGUUUGCCAGCGAGAGGUCGACCAGCAAAAUGAGGGCGAUUUGGUCAACUACUUUGCACACCUUACCGCAGUCUACAAGGAUGGGGGAAGCGGAGAGGAUGAGCAGGAUGGAGAAGACGUUGUCGGGCUUGUUGGCAGCUGGCAUGGACAUGAUAAAGGGCGAGAUGACGUGGAUAUGCUUAAACACGUCACAAAUCUUUGUGUGGUUUACGUGGAUGGGGUGUGGGACGAGGAGCAGGGGUCUAUGGCAGCGGCGGUGGUUGACGUGGAUGUGGGGCAGGUAAAGGGUAAGGUUGGCGAGGAGGAGGCUGGCAACUACAUUAACAACAACAAUAGCGGUAUCAACAACAACAACAACAUCAACAACAACAACUUUGAUGGGAGAGUUGGUGGAGAGGCGGUGGCUGUGGUGGAGGAGAGGCUGGUAAUGGGCAAGAUUGGUGACAAGGGUGGGGAGGCUGACAACAUUAACAACAACAACAACAACAACACGGGGAUCAUGGCAGAGCUGGUGGCAGUGAUGGAGGAGAGGCAGGUGAUGGGCGAGAUCAGUCUGAAGAGUGGGGAGGCUGUCAACAGCAACAACAAUAACAAAAACAACAACAAUGACGGCGGCAACAACAACGACAAUGAUGUCGAGCAGGGGAUGGGUGUAAUGGGCGAGGAGGGUGUGGAACAUGACAACAAAAUCUACAACGGCGACGAUAACAACAACAACGACUGCAUUAUCAACAACAACAAAGGUCACAACAACAACAACAACAACAACAACAACAACAACAACAAUUACAACAACAAUCAUGAUGAUGGCGACAGUGAAAUCUUCGGGAGCAGCGGGGUAGAGAAAGGUCACUGUUUCCCCUCGUCUUAUCGCCCAGGAGUCGGACAUAAGCUGCCAUUGAACACCAUUAGCAUCAGAUACGGGAAUGUGCAGUACAAAAGUGGAGCAAAGAUCGACGUCGAGACUUUAUGGAUUCAUCCAAAUUACAGACAAAUUCCGUCCAUAAGGAGCGACAUUGCUAUCUUGAAGUUGAGGACGGCCAUUACCUUCUCACCCUCCGCAAGACCCAUCCUACUGGCACCAGACGACAGCCAGCUUACACCCACUUCGGAUCUGACUAUGAGUGGCUGGGGUUACACAUCGGAAGGGGGCAGUGUCGUCUCGACAUUGAGAGCUACUGUUGUCGAUCAUCUCCCGGGUGUCUGUCAAAGGGAUGAAGUUUAUGGAAAUCUCUUUCUUCCUUCGGUCAUGUUAUGUGCUGGAUGUGGACGUGGAAAUAAGAAAACUUGUUUAGGUGACAGUGGUGGUCCCAUUGUGACGCUCUCAGCUUCUGGUGGCUGCCCGAUCCUCGUCGCCAGUGUGAGUUGGGGCACUGGCUGUGGAGACCCUUCGUUCCCCUCAGCUCUGACACGCAUCAGCGCCUUCGUCGACUGGGUGGAGGGUAUAGUUGGCAAGCCUUUAAGAAGUGCUGCUCAGAUACGGCCAACCACAAACUGCCAGGUGUGCGGCUCAGUGAUAGGAUCAAGGUGCGGAGUGUCUCCGGCUUUCGAUGAAGCUCGAUGCGCUUUGGAGUCGUCCUUUUCCGCCGGAUUCACGCUCUCAAUGGGAGCAUGUACUGCAGGAAGGCGAGUGGCGAGGGCAUCCUUCGUCGCCCCAGCUGCUCAGUUACGGUCUGGAAGCAUGUACUUCUUGAGUUCCACUGCAGGAUCGGGCCGUUCAGUUGUUUUAAUCAGCGGAGUUCGAGUGAAUGUUCCAUUGAGGUCUCCCGUACAGGUGUCGGCAGCAGUUUCGUCGACCACUAACAACUGGCAACUCACCUACAACAACUGCCCCGUCAGCAGCACCAGAUACGCUGCCGUGUACUUCGCCAAUGGCCAGAACCCUGUGUACAAGGUAUCAAGAGCUGUGGGAUAAAAAGCUGUUGAAAUGAUUGGACCUAUUUUUGGCGCAUUGGAGAGGAGAUGGAACUUUUUUGAAAUUAAGUUCAAAAUUCAAAUUCGUACUAGUUGAGUUAACAUUAAUAAGAUGGCCAUCCGCCUCGUUUGACAUGAAAUUGUCAUCCAGUGGAAUCCAUCCCUGUCUCCGUGUUGUUGGACGGCUUGCCGCCCAUGGUACAGGCGGGCAAAAAAAAAAAAAAAAAAAAAAAAACAGCAAAGACGCCUGGUGAAACAUCGACACUUGUUAGAAUGGUGAUGUGAUCUUCAGUUUGCAUGAACGAUGGUCUUCACCCAAAUAGAAUGCCCGGUCAUUAUAGCCGUAUUUGGCACAGCUUUCAGCUCAGAUACGGCGAUAAUUACCGGGCGUUCUACUCGGGUGAAUUCGGGUGGGGCACUAUUGUGCGAUUGAGAAUUGACUAUUUGACAUCCUAUUCGGCUUCUCCUCGCUACAUCAUUACUACUCGUUAGCAUUGUGGAUACAGGAUUGUCGUGCAGUUGCUGAUCCACAGUUCACAGGACUUCUUUUUCAGUGAAGAGGGCCAUAUUCACAGGAGGUAUAUUGUUUAAGUGCAAGAUUAGAUUGGGUAGCCCGUGUGUUUUUCGCCAGUAAAGAAAAGACAGUAGGAGGGAGCAAGUAAUUUAUUGAUGUGCUAGACUGGUUGGUCACCCUGUGACUUGUUGGUAUGUUAUUGAGAUUUCUUGAAGAUCUAGUCAUUUAGUGGCACUCUCCGUUGCUCCCCUCCCCUUUCAUCCUCCCCGCGCAUGCCCUCUGGCUCCAGGAAGAAAAUGAAGAUCUUGAGUUUAC